UUCAUCAACCAAAACUUGCAUUCAAAGAGUUCUACAACACAUCUUACAAGUCUCUUUUACUUUCCAAUCUGAAAACAAAACAAAAAAAAACUCUUCCCUGAAAAUAAUGAUGAACGCAAAGAAGCUCUUGAAGAUGGCAGAGAAAUGGCAACAGAGAACAGCUUUAAGCAGGAAAAGAAUCUCAUUUCAGAGAUCAACUUCUAUUACAACUAGCAGAUCAACCGCUGCAGAGAAAGGCUGUUUUGUGGUUUACACAUCCGAUAAAAUCCGCUUUGCGUUUCCAAUAAGUUACCUGAGCAACUCUGUUUUCCAAGAGCUCUUGAAGAUAUCUGAAGAAGAGUUUGGUCUCUCCACCGGUGGACCAAUCACCUUGCCAUUCGAUUAGGAUUUCUUGGAGUAUCUCAUCAAAUUGAUCCAACGAAGAAUGGAUGGAGAUACAGAAAAGGCUCUGUUAAUGUCAUUCUCUAGUGCUCGAUGCUCUUUACCAUGCUCUUUUCAACAACAAGAACAAUUGCCUGUAUUUUAGAGAAUUAGAGUGUAGCUGUUUCUGUAUUUGUAAAGAUUCCACUUAUAUCAGAUUAGACAGAUUAUUUUAGAAAUACAAACAGUUUAAUCUAUUUCUUCCUCUCUUUUA